AUGGCUCCAGUCUGCCCUUUCAGGUACACCACUUACGGUGCAGGCUUCAACACUGCCCACGAUCCCAGCUUCCCCAUCAGCGACAGAACAGACGGACUACUGGCGUUUCUCACUCCGUUUCAACGCCUGAAGGCCGAGCUCAACCGCAAAAAAGCAGCCGAAUUAGACGGACGUUCUUUCCUCGUCCAGUGGUUUAUGCCCAUUCCGAGGUGGGGGAAGACGCUGAAGAAGACCGUCGAAGAUGACAUGAGGAAUCUUGUACAUCCCGCACCGCUCCUCAACCUCUCACUUUAUUCGGUGUCCAGACGUACGAUAGACCAUCCCCAAAGCGAUAUCGUAAUCGUCGCACAAGCUGCGACUGAGGAAGAACGCCCGAACCAUUCACAACUUCGCAGCCAGGUGUACCCCAAGAUCCUAAGGCUUCUCUCGAGUCCCGAAGUCGGCAGACCUGAAAUCGGAUGUUACGUGGAAUACGCUAUCGACCCUCGUCGGUUGCUCAACCCGUUGGGGAUUUUGCCCCCGAGGGAACCCGAAGAAGAUCUGACCCGGACUCCCGACUUUUCCGGUUCGGGCUCAUCAUCAUCGAGUAAUUCGAGCCCGUCGAGCCCCAUCACCGCUCCUCUCGGCUCUGAUGGUCCGCAGCCUCCCGAGGAUGAGGACGAAAAGGCAAAAGAGGAGGCGGAUCCCGUUUCCGAGUUCUUCGACAUAGAUGCAUAUGAUGCUUCGAACAGCCCGAAGAGCUAG